AUUAUAUACGUGUGAUCAUCAUUGUAUUCUCAGAAUGAAGUUCUUUCCUAGUAUCUUCCUCAAACUAGAUACUUGUAUUCAUUAAUUUGCACUAAAAAUCCACCAUGUCAAGCAAUCAUAAUCUACAAUAUGAUGGUAGCUCAAUUAUCGUUGACAUCACAAACACCUUCACCAAAGUCACUUCCAAAUACACCAACAAUGCAAAAAGAAGGUGGCGUUUUGCAUACACAGCAAUUUAUUCUAGAAGGGUUAUGCUUUCCCUUGCAAAAGAGGUCAUAUCAAGAAAAAAUCACAAUCGCUACACCAAAAUCUUUCACACUGAGUCUUCAAGUUCAAGAACCACUGUUGAUAUAAUUGAACCUUUAAUUCCACAACAUGGAACCAAUCAUUACUCUUUGGUUGGUGUUUCUGAUGUUGAUAAAGCCAAACUUGCUGACAUGGUUAAAGACAAAAACUUGAAGUCCUUAAGUGAGUUUGGAGGAGUUGAAGGUGUUGCAAAUGUUAUUGGAACAUUUCCAACAAAGGGAAUCAUUGGAAGUGAAGAUGACAUUUCGAAAAGGGUGGAGUUGUUUGGUUCGAACACCUACCAAAAGCCACCGCCAAAAGGGUUACUACACUUUGUUCUUGAAGCUUUGAAUGAUACUACGAUCAUCAUACUUCUAUUUUGCGCUGGCCUUUCACUUGGUUUUGGCAUAAAAGAGCAUGGACCAAGUGAAGGUUGGUAUGAAGGAGGUAGUAUAAUUUUAGCAGUGUUUCUGGUUGUUGUAGUAAGUGCAUUAAGCAACUUUAGACAAGAAAGACAGUUUGACAAAUUGUCUAAGAUAAGCAAUAACAUAAAAGUUGAAGUUCUGAGAAAUGAUAGGCCACAAAAGAUAUCUAUAUUUGAUGUUGUUGUGGGAGAUGUUGUGUCUCUGAAGAUUGGUGAUCAAAUUCCAGCUGAUGGAGUAUUUUUAGCUGGUCAUUCAUUGCAAGUGGAUGAAUCUAGCAUGACAGGUGAGAGCGAUCAUGUAGAAAUCGAGUCUGUAAGAGCGCCUUUUUUGUUGUCCGGGGCCAAAGUUGUGGAUGGAUAUGCUCAAAUGCUUGUAACUUCUGUUGGAGCCAACACAUCUUGGGGUCAAAUGAUGAAUUCAAUAACCCGAGACAGUAACGAAAGAACGCCUUUACAAGCUCGUCUCGACAAGUUAACCUCUUCGAUCGGAAAGGUUGGACUUGCAGUAGCAUUUCUUGUUCUUCUAGUGUUGCUUAUUCGUUAUUUCACUGGUAACACAGAAGAUGAGAAUGGGAAUAAGGAGUUUCAAGGAACAAAAACUGAUAUUAACGAUGUUUUAAAUGCUGUUGUAAGAAUUGUUGCAGUUGCUGUUACUAUUGUUGUUGUGGCUAUCCCUGAGGGUCUGCCAUUGGCUGUGACACUAACAUUAGCUUACUCUAUGAAAAGAAUGAUGGGAGACAAUGCUAUGGUGAGGAAACUUUCUGCUUGUGAAACUAUGGGAUCAGCAACUGUUAUAUGUACUGAUAAAACUGGUACUUUGACACUUAAUGAAAUGAGGGUGACCAAGUUUUGUCUUGGUCUUGAAAAUUUUGUGAUGGAAAGUUUUUCUAAUGCAAUGGCACCAAAGGUUCUUGAGUUAUUCUAUCAAGGGGUAGCCCUCAAUACAACUGGUAGUGUGUAUAAGCCUUCAUCAGGAUCUGUACCUGAGAUUUCAGGUAGCCCAACAGAAAAAGCUAUACUCUUGUGGGCGGUAUCGGAUUUAGGUAUGGACAUGGAUGAAAUGAAACAGAAACAUAAAGUCCUUCAUGUUGAAACAUUUAACUCGGAGAAGAAACGGAGCGGUGUUGCGAUAAGGAAGGAGAAUGAGAACAAAAUUGAUGUGCAUUGGAAAGGAGCUGCAGAGAUGAUACUUGCAAUGUGUGAUAACUAUAUUGAUAUUAACGGCGCAAUGAAGUCCAUUGAUGAAGAAAGGAGUAAAUUGGAGAAGAUAAUUCAAGGCAUGGCUGCUAGUAGUCUACGAUGUAUAGCUUUUGCUCACAUGGAGAUUUCGGAAGAUAUUGAUUAUUUUAUGAAAAAGGAGAAUAAAACACAUAAGAUGCUGAGAGAAGAUGGAUUGACCUUGGUUGGAAUUGUUGGCCUCAAGGAUCCAUGUAGAUCAAACACUAGGCUAGCUGUGGAAACUUGCAAAGCUGCAGGAGUUGAAAUUAAGAUGAUAACUGGGGAUAACAUAUUCACUGCAAAGGCAAUAGCAACAGAAUGUGGAAUAUUAGAUUCUAAUAAUGCUGGAGAAGUGGUGGAAGGUGUGGAAUUCAGAAACUAUACAGAAGAAGAGAGAAUGGAGAAAGUUGAUAAGAUCCGAGUGAUGGCGAGAUCGUCCCCUUUGGACAAACUUUUGAUGGUGCAAUGCCUCAGAAAGAAAGGACAUGUAGUUGCAGUCACAGGCGAUGGCACAAACGAUGCACCGGCUCUAAAAGAAGCUGAUAUUGGACUUUCUAUGGGAAUCCAAGGAACUGAAGUCGCCAAACAAAGUUCCGAUAUCGUCAUCUUGGACGACAACUUCAAUUCUGUUGCCACUGUUUUAAGAUGGGGAAGAUGUGUUUACAACAACAUUCAAAAAUUUAUUCAGUUUCAACUAACAGUCAAUGUUGCAGCACUUGUCAUAAACUUUAUAGCAGCAGUUUCUUCAGGAGAUGUUCCUUUAACAACAGUUCAACUUCUUUGGGUGAAUCUCAUUAUGGAUACACUAGGUGCUUUGGCACUUGCAACAGAAAGGCCUACAAAGGAGUUAAUGAGGAAAAAGCCGAUCGGUCGAACCGAACCUCUUAUCACAAAAAUUAUGUGGAGAAAUCUUUUAGCUCAAUCUUUAUAUCAGAUUGCAGUUCUUCUUGUUCUUCAGUUCUAUGGAAAGUCAAUCUUCAAUGUAAGUACAGAGGUAAAGAAUACACUCAUUUUUAAUGCUUUUGUUCUGUGCCAAGUUUUCAAUGAGUUCAACUCAAGAAGUAUGGAGAAACUUUAUGUAUUUGAAGGCAUUCUCAAAAACCAUCUGUUUCUUGGAAUUGUUGGGAUUACUAUUGUUCUACAAAUCUUGAUGGUGGAACUACUAAGGAAGUUUGCUGAUACAGAGAGAUUAACAUGGGACCAAUGGGGAAUUUGUGUUGGAAUUGCAAUUGUUUCAUGGCCACUUGCUUGCUUAAUAAAGCUCAUACCUGUAUCAAAUAAUACACCUUCAUUCACCUAUACUAAGUGGGCAAAAUUACUAGUCUUCAAGCUCAAGAAAGCUUUUUAAUUUUAGCUUAUGUUGCACUGAAAUUUCAGAAAUCUUUCUAAUUUGAAUAUGAGGUAUUAUAGUAUAUACCACAUAUUGAAAUUCAUGACACUUUUGUCAUUGUAACUUAGCGGAUAUUGGUUUUCCAUGUGUCUAAUACCAAAACAUGUGGAAUAUUUAGUAAAUAUAAUUUUUUUAGGCCCUAGAAGUUUGGGUCACAUUUGUGGUUGAAAAGUGAUUGGAAUGUGAGAAUGUAUAAUAAAACUAAGUAUAAAAACUAUUAGGAUUGGAACCUUUGAAAUUGGUAUGAGUAGAGUUGUAUCCAUUAGUUGUUACAGACAUGUGCUAUUAUCCUUAAUUAUAUAGUUAUGAUGGGCCUAUGACUGGUAUCCAUAUACAUAUUAAUGGUAUCCAUGUUUGGAGAAAAACAAUUACUUUUUA